AUGAAUUGAAGCACUGGUUGAUGGUGACUGUUUGCAAUUACACAUUUAUCAUUUAAAUAAAUUGUCAAAUAUUAUUGUACGAUUGUAUAUAAUUAAGAAUUGACAGCAACCAGGUUGUAUUAUUUAUUUUACCGUAAACGUCAAUGAUGGAAGCACCUCAACAUUACCCGUUGCCAUCUGAUAUUAUUUUGGCUAUCAAUAUAUUGGUCUCCGCAAAUAAAGCCUCUUGUGGGUCAGAUUCAGAUAUGACUCUGUUGUCAAUAUUGGAAGCAAAUGUGAAAGUAUUUGAUCAAACAUUACACCACAAGAAAGAAUUUGAAGCCCUUUUACAACAGUGGCAACAAAGUUCCGAUGAGAUCGAAGUAAGUAAUUUUACAAGAUGGACGUUUGUACAAUAUUGUCUUAAGUGCUUAGAUCUUCUACAGAGCUCACUUAAAAGAAGCUUAGGGGAGUAUGAACAAGCAUUAAAGAGUAAACAAUAUACAAAUAAUGAUCAUAAUCCACUUAUGUCCCCUGAUACACUGAGCUUCAGUGAGCAGAAAGUUGUGAAGAGUUGCCUGCAGUUUGUCGUCUGUUUAGGACUAUGUGUGAAUCUCGAACCUGGUGUAGGGAUUCCUCUGCACGCUCGGUCCAGUUUUAGCCCGCUGGUCAAAUCAACAGAUGACACUAGUGUUUUUAAUGAAGAACGGAAAGAGUCUCAGUUAUUCCAGUGUGUUCAGGUGCUCAUGGCAUGUGUAUUUAAUUCAGCCCUUGGAACAAUCCUCUUAACUGAACAUCUGGUCGACAUAUUGGCAGCUCUACUACAGUUAAAUCAUUCUGCAAUGAUUAAGAGUAAGGCUUCCAUGUCAAAUCAUAUGGUUGCAACAUCACAAGGGGUCAAAACAGUCCAAGAAUCAUACCAAGAUUUGAAUCCAGCCACGGUAGUUGACUAUGUUCGGAAACAUAAUCAGCAGUUUGAAAAUGAAAUUAGGACGGCAGAAUCAAGUUCAGAUACAUGUAUGGAAAGUCAGUUUGAUGAAAGGGUUUCCACCAAGGACAGUCCAAAUUACUGUGAGACAGUUCUUGCAGAGCUGUUGCACAAGGUUUAUCCUCCUUUGUUGGUGAAGACAUUGUUACUGUUGCAGGGUGGACCCAAACCAAAGAAUGUUGUUAACAAGAAGCCAGUGAUUGCGGUUGCCCCAUUGUGGUUACGGAAGGAGUGCGGUCGUCACUUGACAAACAUUGUCACGAGGCCACGUGGAGUACAGAGCGUCCUGAGAGGCAUGUUGGACAUGCCUGGGGCUGCAACUGGCAUGACUGAGGCCCAUGACUGGAGGAAAUGUGAUGCAGUUGCCAAGGUGAUAGCAUGCUGCCCACUACAGGCCCAGUCUGUAGACCAGUAUUACAGCCAGGUCUCCCCUCAGCUGUUGGAGUUGCUGGCAAUAGAAGACAGGGCUGUUUGUCGGCAGUUCCUCAGAGUUGCUUGUGGGACGAUCGUCAACAUGUGGACACACAAUAAGGGUCUUGCAGAGACACAUAUUUUCAAGCCCCUUCUGCGACCCCUAAUCAGGUGCACUGAGGACCAAGGAGAUUUAGCACCAGGCAACAUUGUAGUAGAGGAAAAAGAGCUGGCAAGGUGUGUGGACCAUUGCCAUAAGUUGUUUGUGACGGGCAGUGUGGAGUGUCCCGGCCUGGUGUCCAACCUCCAGCCUGUGGUGCUGGUACUCUAUGAGCUGCUGCUGUACACAGACCAGGGCAUUGCAGCCAUCAAAACAAGCUGUAAAGAACUUGUAGUAGCCUUCUUGAAGAAAUGUGACCUUCAAGUGGCCUUGACCUGUCUCAAGAGGAUGACCUUUGACUCCAACACAUUUGACAAAUCAUUUCCCAGCAUGCAUCAGAGCUUGAGUUUUACUCACAGUUCCAGUGGAGGGGUCAAUGUAGUUGUGGACAACAGUAUAAGUGACCCAGAGUAUGCCCCUAUUGAUGUGCCCAUGUCCUGUAUAGUAUCCAUAUUGAAGGAAGUGGAGACCACAGGACUGGCUGGAGAGUUCCUUGUCUACAUGCUGCAGCAAUCCUCCUUUCAGGAAUUAACUCACAUCAUUGAAGCAGAAGUGCCAAAUGUUAGCAAUGAUCAAGCCUCCAGUCACUCAGUUCUUCCGGAACAAAUGCUUCUAGACAUUGAUCGUCGACACGAGAGUUUAAUUUGCAACUUUGAGAAGCAAAUGAAACUGCUAAAUUUAUUGGCUUCAACAUGCGAGUCUCUUGGGCCUGAGUGUAUAAAGAAUGCUCAACAAACCCUGGUAUUUGUUAGAGCAACAUUAUCACGUGGAAUCCAAGUAUGCCACAAUACGGAGGAUAUCGAGACGGAGGUUUUCCAGUCUGAGACUCUGACCAUGGCAAUGGGUUUAUUGACUGCUCUCCUGACUGGGGCAUUUCAGCUGACGGACUCUGACAAAACAAGCAUGCAGGAGUUGUUGCCCUUGCUGCAAGAAAUCAGUGUCCACCACCCAGAAUCCUCUGUACAGGAAAUGGCUACAGAUAUCAGGAUUGCCAUAGCAACUCACGGAGCAGUGUGGUCAGACAGCAACAAGACCAAAGAACAGUAUUUCAAGGACAUAUCCCAAAAGCUGAAAAAAGAAGACAAACAAAUGAACACCAAGGGUGAUAAAAGGUCAGUUAAAAUUGAAGUUUUGCCAGACAAAUCUGACCAUACAGCCCCAUCUCUCAGUGAGCAGAGAAAUAAUGUGACUGACAGGGCAUCAACAGUGAGUGGCAAAGAACAGUGCUCCAGCAGAUCGAAUACUAAGUCUUCGGAGACUCUUUGUAAAGAUGAUUUCAAUGGAACUAUUGAAAACAUGCCAGUGACACAGAAUGUGCCUUUUGCUGAUGUUAAAGUUCCACCUGAAUCAGAGUCAGCCGUAAACAAAGAAGUGGAAAGGGAAAUCCAACAAGUGUACAAAGAACUCUGUGAUUCCUUGGUACCAGUGAGGGGCCACGGGCUCAUACGUCUGACCCACCUUGUACAGAAUAAGCGUAAACUCUUGAAACCUCGUGCCGAAACCAUUCUCAAGAUUUUUGAAGAAAACUUAGAUCAUUCUGACUCUUAUAUGUACUUGUCUGCAGUGAAUGGGUUGUCUACCCUUUGUGAUGUUUUCCCAGAGAUGACCGUUUCAAGGGUGUGUCACUUGUUUAGUAACCGUGGAAAUGACCUUCAGUCUGGAGAAGGGUCAAUGGUGCAAAGGUCACCUGAACUUAGAAUGAAGCUUGGAGAAAUAUUAGUCAAAGCUUCUAGAACAUUAGGGGACACACUUCCUUCAUACCGUGACCUGUUACUGCGUAGUGUCCUGGUAGGGGCAAGGGACAGGGAGUCCCUAGUAAGGGCAAGUAGCCUGUCUAACCUGGGUGAAAUAUGCAAACAUCUUGGCUUCUCACUGGGAAAUGUUAUACAUGAAGUGUUUGAGUGCUGUAGCAGUGUGUUACAGCAUGACGCAGACCCUACUGUACGCAAGGGGGCAGCACAGGCUCUGACUCUACUUCUACAGGGACUUGGUGGCAAAACAUUUCAGGUGCUUGACUCAGUGUUGAAACCCCUGUAUCGUCUGCUGAAGCUCUCCAUGACAACAGAGAAGGAUUCUGGUGUGAAACUGCAUGUGAAUCUUGCUCUGAAUGAGCUCGAUGAUAUCAUGAGGGUGUACCUUUUCCCUGAACAGAAAUUGGAGAAGAGGAUACGAGUGUUGGACUUUGACUGAUUGGAUUUUUGUCAUACAUGUUUUGACCGUGUUGUAAAGUCAAGAGACUUAUUCCAGAUACGAGCAUUGGACUUUGACUGUUAAUAGACUUAUUCCAGAUACGCAUGUUGGACUUUGACUGAUUGGAUUUUGUCAUACAUGUUUUGACCUUGUUGCAAAAUUAAGAGACUUAUUCCAGAUACGCAUGUUGGACUUUGACUGUUAAUAGACUUAUUCCAGAUACGACUGUUGGAUUUUGACUGAUUGGAUUUUGUCAUACAUGUUUUGACCGUGUUGUAAAGUCAAGAGACUUAUUCCAGAUACGAGCAUUGGACUUUGACUGUUAAUAGACUUAUUCCAGAUACGCAUGUUGGACUUUGACUGAUUGGAUUUGGUCAUACAUGUUUUGACUGUGUUGUAAAGUUAAGAGACUUAUUCCAGAUACCAGUGUUGGACUUUGACUGAUUAUAGACUUAGUCCAGAAUGUUCUUGGUUUUAGGAAAAGCUUGUUAAUCUUGUAGAACAAACCAAGAUGACUCAUUUAACGUCCUUUUAAAAUCCUGUAAUAUAUCACUGAAGUACGAUUGGUAGAUAAAAUGUGUCAGAAUGGCUGUAACUGUCUAUGAGAUAUUUAUCUAAAGAUGGAGAACUGGUUUACAAAUUAUGACAGAUCAAUAUGAUUUGAUUAUCAUGGUGUUAAGCCAUUCAGAUAGGAAUGACUAGCAUAUCCCAAUGUCUGAUGAAGAUGUCUUGUACAAAGAUUAAUAAAGUUUUUAUUGGA